AUGAAGAAUCUGCUCAUUAAGAAGUGAUCAAGCCACUGGUUGAAUUUCCAUCAAAAAGGGAUUAAGCAGAGAAUGGAAAGAAAGUUUAACUCCAGGUCUUUUAGGGAUGGUGCAGUUAAGAAACCUUAUUCUCCAAAGAUAUUGUCCAACAAGAAGUCUUCUGCCGUCUCUGUGAUCCGGAGUGAGAUACCUAGUCCCAGUCAUCCAGUACAGUAUCGUGCCUCACAUGCUGGGACCCGAAGGGGCCGGUUAAGAGAAUUACGCAUCAGAUGUGUGGCCAGAAAGUUCUUGUAUUUGUGGAUUCGAAUGACUUUUGGAAGAGUAUUUCCCUCUAAAGCCAGGCUUUACUAUGAGCAGAGAAUACUACGGAAGGUCUUUGAGGAAUGGAAAGAAGAGUGGUGGGUUUUCCAUCGAGAGUGGAAACUCUGUGUUCGAGCUGACUGUCACUACAGAUAUUACUUGUACAACCUGAUGUUCCAGACCUGGAAGACCUAUGUGCAUCAGCAGCAGGAGAUGAGGAACAAGUACAUGAAAUCUGAGGAUCAUGACGCAAAGCAAAAGAUGCGACAGGCCUGGAAGUCCUGGUUGAUCUACGUGGUUUUUCGUAGGACCAAACUUCAGAUGCAGACCACUGCCCUGGAGUUUAGGCAGCGGAGUGUUUUGUGGGUGCGGUGGAGAGAGUGGAGGCAGCGACUGGGACAGGUCCGCUUAGGGCGUGCUCUCCAUGCCACAGCUGUGAAGCACAGGGCCCUGCGCCUCCAGCUGCAGGCUUGGUCACAGUGGCAACAACAACUUCUAUGUGUCCGGAGGGAGAGAAGGAAGGUAGUCUCUGCAGUAAAACACCAUCAGCACUGGCAAAAGUGGAGAUCCCUGAAGGCCUGGCUUGAGUACCUGCAGGGCCGCAGAGUGAAGAGACAGUGGAAAGAGAUGGCUCAGCAAUUCCACCGUGUCACUGUGCUCCACACACACUUCUGUGAUUGGCAGUGGGCCUGGGAGCGAAGGAAGAGCUUGUACACCCACCACACACGUGUGAUGGGGCUGGCCAGGAGGAUGGUGCUGUGGCGGGCCUUUACUCACUGGAAACACUACGUGCUGCUAUGUGCUGAAGAAGCUGCCCAGUGGAAGGUGGCAGAAGAGCACCAUAGGUGCAGCUUGCUGCACUUUUGCUUUAGAGCCCUAAAAGACAAUGUGACCCGUGCCCACCUCCAACGAGUAAGAAGGAAUCUCGCUCACCAGCAGCGUGAUGUCAUGCUGCUGCACAGGUUCUGGAACCUCUGGCAGUCUCGGAUUGAGCAGAGGGAGGAAAGAGAGCAGCUCCCCUUGCUGCAUGCUGCCUGGGACCACUACAGAAUAACAUUGCUAUGCAAGUGUAUCAAGUUGUGGUUACAGUGUACUCAGAAGAGGCGAUACAAGCAGCUGUUGCAGGCCAGAGCUGACGGUCACUUCCAGCAGAGAGCCCUGCCUGCAGCCUUCCAGGCCUGGAGAAGACUCUGGCAACAGCACCAGCAGAAAGGUGUCCUCAAUGCAAGAGCAGCACGCUUUCACAGGGAGACAUUACAGAAGCGAGUGUUUGCUGUUUGGUGGCAGAAGAUGUUUCAGCAUCGAGAACACCGCUUGGCAGAGAGAAUGGCCAUCCUUCAUGCAGAGCGGCAGCUUCUGCGAAGGUCCUGGUCCAUGUGGCACCAGCAGGCAGCAGCAUGUUGCCAGGAACGGCAGUGGCAAGCAGUGGCCUGUGUCCACCACCGCCGUGGGCGGCUCAGGAAGGCUUUCUGUGUCUGGAGGGAGCGUGCCCAAGGGCUCAGAGCAGAGAAGGUGGACAGGCUGCUGGCUGCAGAGUUCCACUCGGCAUGGCUCCUGCGUUGGGCCUGGAACAGGUGGAGAGAGUGCCUGGCCCUGCGGCGUGCUGAGCGGCAGAAGCUGAUGCGAGCUGACCUGCAUCGCCAGCGCACCUUACUGCACAGGGCGCUGCAGAGCUGGGGGACGUACCAGAGCCAGGUGCGGAGCAUCCUACAAGAGGUGGCAGUGAGGGAGAGCCAGCACAGGAGGCAGCUGCUGCGGGAUGUGUUACAUUGCUGGAGAGAGAACACCAUGGCCCGUGUGGAUGAAACAAAGAAAACGUCUCGAGCAAGUGCUCACUACAGAAGGACCAUGUGUUCCAAGGUCCUGGUCCAGUGGCGGGAGGCUGCAUCAGUGCAGAUAUACUACCGACAGCAGGAGGACUGUGCCGUCAGGGAGGCCCAAAAGGUGCUGGAGAGGGGCUGUCUCAGGACCUGGUUUCAGCGCUGGCGGGACCGUGGCCAGAGGGCAGCCCAGCGGAGAGUCCAGCUGGAGAGGGCAGCGCAGCAUGACCACCAGCGGCUGUUGCUGCGGGGCAUGGCCCGUUGGAAGGCGCACCACCUGUGCUGCGUCAGGAAGAGGCUCCUGCAGAGGCAGGGCACCCGACUCCGUGCCCAGACACUCAGCCGGUCCUGCUUCCGCCAGUGGAGACAGCAGCUGGUGAACAAGAGGCGGGAGCAGCAGGGCACAGCGCGGGCCCUGUGGUUCUGGUCCUUCUCACUACAGGCAAAGGUGUGGGCCGCGUGGCUGGGCUUUCUGCUGGAAAGGAGGAGAAAGAAGGCUCGUCUGGAGCGGGCGGUGCAGGCCUACCACCAGCAGCUCCUCCAGGAGGGCGUUACGCGCCUCCUGCGGUUCGCAGCGGGCAUGAGGGCCUUUCGGCAGCAGCUGCAUGCCCAGCAGCAGGUGCAGGCAGCCCACAGUCUCCACCGUGCGGUCCAUCGCUGUGCCAUGCUCUGGAAACAGAAGGUGCUGGGCUGGGGCAGGGAGCCUCGGCCACCUGCAUCCACCAUGCCCAGCAAGAGAGUGACAUUUGAGGGUCCCCUUCCCAACCGCAUUGCUGUGGGGCCUGGAGAUGCCACCCUGGAGACCAAGAGGCUGAGGACUCCUCAUGGGCCUCAGGGAGCUCUGGGCAGCAUGACCCUGGCUGCCGGGGACUCCCAACUCCUGGAGCUCAAUGCUGCCCGCUCAGCAAGGAAGCAGCCUCGACGCCCCGACUUCCUGCUGGAGCCUGUGCAGAGCCAGAGGCCCCUGGGUUGUGGCACCUUCAGGGGUCAGGGGCCGGAGGUGCUGCGGGAGCGUGGCCUAGGUGUGGCCCAGCCAGCGGGCCCUUCCGUGACAAGGCCCUUCCUGGCAAAGGCCCAGACAGCACUGGUCCCAGGCAGCCCCCUGCCCCAGCCCAGGGCCCUGCUGGGUCCCCCCGGCCUGAAGCUGCCCCCCACAGCGAGUACAGGCCCAGAGCUGCUGCCCCCUUCCUCCUUCAUGCCACGUGGGACAGAAGCACCCUCCAGCGUGUCAGCACUGCCAACCACCCCUGGGCUCAUGUCCCGGGCCUCUCCAUCCCCAGCCAGUGUCCCUGACCCCUGCCUGCUCCUUCCUGGGGACUUCACAGGCACCAGACAUGGGCCUGGCUUUGAAACUGCAGGUGUGCACCUGAAGCCUGGCAGCACAGUGAGCACUCGGCCCACUCCCAGCACCUGGGCUCCCUGCAUUCAGCCGGGGCCCGGCUGGAAAGGUGGUCAAGAUGAAGCUUAUUCUCCUGUUGCCAUGGGCGACACCGAUCUGGAGGCUGAGCUUGAGGGCAUCCAGCAGCAACUGCAGGACUACCAGACCACGAAGCAGAACCUCUGGUCCUAUCAGCGGCAAGCGAGGAGCCUGCGCCGGUGGCUGGAGCUGAGCCGGGAGGAGCCCAGGCCUGAGGACGAAGAAGCAGAGCAGCAGGUGCAGGAAGAACUGCAGGAGGUGGAACUGCAGAUCCAGCAGCUGGCCGCUGAGCUCCAGGCCCAGCGCCAGCCCAUCAGCGCCGGCAUCGCCCGCCUACAGGCCCUGCGGCGGGCUCUGUGCUAGUCAUCGCCCCGGGGAGGCAGGUGCUGGGCCUCACGGGAGGCCUCAGCCCACCUCCAGGAACAGAACGCAGAGCUGCAAUGAGUUUUUUUAUUUCAAAUUGUUGCAAUUAAAUGAAUUACUGUUCA